GUGGCCACGGUGAUCAUGUGGCUGCAAUGGAUCACCGCAACGGUACUCAUAGCGACGGUGUACUCCCGCGAAGUAUUCACCAACUCUUUCCUGGUCCGCUUCAAGCGAUCGCUGCGCCACGAGGAGGCCCACGACAUCGCACUGCAUCACGGCUUUGACAACUUGGGCCCGGUUCUCAGUUCCAACACAGAAUGGCAUUUCGCGCACCGUGGGCUGCCGCACGCGAGACCGCGCCGUUCCAUAUUGCACACACGACUCUUGAAACGGCAUCCUUUGGUCCACACUGCGGUACAACAACCGGGUUUCAAGCGAGUGAAACGCGGCUUUCGCGCCCUCCGCCUCCCCGAAACUGUACCAGCUUCUGAGCCUCGCGACCCAUACUUCCCUCUUCAGUGGUACUUGAAAAAUACAGGACAAAAUGGCGGGAAACCAAAGCUGGACUUGAACGUGGAAGCGGCUUGGGCGCAGGGCUAUACGGGCGUGAAUGUUACUACAGCUAUCAUGGAUGAUGGGGUUGACUACAUGCAUCCAGACUUAAAAUAUAACUAUAAUGCUGAGGCGUCGUACGACUUCAGUAGCAACGACCCUUUUCCAUAUCCGCGGUACACUGACGACUGGUUUAACAGCCAUGGAACUAGAUGUGCAGGCGAGGUUGCAGCCGCUCGCGACAACGGUGUUUGUGGGGUCGGAGUCGCCUAUCAUUCAAAAGUAGCUGGUAUAAGGAUGUUGGACCAACCAUACAUGACGGAUUUGAUAGAGGCAAACUCCAUGGGGCACGAGCCUCAUAAGAUCCACAUUUACAGUGCGUCCUGGGGACCGACAGACGACGGCAGGACAGUGGAUGGGCCGAGAAACGCAACCAUGAGAGCUAUUGUCAGAGGUGUAAACGAAGGUCGCAAUGGACUCGGCAAUAUUUACGUGUGGGCGAGCGGCGACGGCGGCGAAGAUGACGACUGUAAUUGCGACGGCUAUGCUGCGUCUAUGUGGACUGUAUCUAUUAAUAGCGCAAUCAACGACGGACAGAACGCGCACUACGACGAGUCCUGCUCGUCGACGCUCGCCAGUACAUUCAGUAAUGGUGCACGGGACCCGAGCACGGGGGUCGCGACCACCGACCUGUAUGGCAAGUGCACCGCGACGCACUCAGGCACCUCCGCCGCCGCGCCUGAAGCGGCUGGCGUGUUCGCGCUGGCGCUGCACGCUAACCCCAACCUGACCUGGCGUGAUAUUCAGCAUCUAACAGUAUUAACAUCUAAGAGAAAUUCCCUAUACGAUGCAAAGGGUCGUUUCCACUGGACUAUGAACGGAGUAGGCUUGGAGUUUAACCAUCUCUUCGGCUUCGGAGUACUGGAUGCAGGCGCUAUGACAGCACUGGCGGCGAAUUGGAGAUCGGUCCCACCGCGGUAUCAUUGCGAAGCUGGAUCUGUUAAUACUCAUACGGAGAUCCCAGCGGACGGUAGUGUGACGUUACACAUAGACACGACGGCGUGCGCGGGCAGCGCCAGCGAGGUGCGCUACUUGGAGCACGUGCAGGCGGUCGUCAGCGCCAACGCGACCCGCCGCGGGGACCUCGAGUUCUUCCUCACCAGCCCUAUGGGAACCAGAUCAAUGAUACUGAGUAGGCGGUCGAACGAUGAUGAUAUGCGAGAUGGCUUCACGAAGUGGCCCUUCAUGACAACGCACACGUGGGGUGAAUACCCACAAGGAACCUGGACUUUGGAAGCGCGGUUCAACGGCGGCUCCGGGCCGAGCGCGUCGUCGGGCUGGGUGCGCGGUUGGUCGCUGGUGCUGCACGGCACGCGCGCGCCGCCGUACGCGCAGCUGCAGCCGCAGGACCCGCACUCCAAGCUCGCGGUCGUCAAGAAGGCGCACGAGGACAACGCACGGACAUAAACAUAUUGGGCUAUUUCUACCUUCCUUUUGUGUGUUUUGGUCGCUUCGAUUUUGUUCGUUUAUGUUGUUUUAUUUUUCUGUAAUUUAUAUUUCUACCCCCAUUUCGAUGCCAUGAAGCAGGCGCAUGAAGAAAUCGCACGCACAUUUAAACAUAUGCUGCACAGUUUAUUUCUAUCUCCGAUUUCUAUCUACCAAUAGAUUUUAAUUGCCAUGCGGUAUUGUUUUACCUCUAUUUGUCAUGUGUUAGUGUUAUGUUUUUGCUAUUUAGAUCUUUGGUUUCUCAGCUUUGACUGAUUUUAAUUGUUGUUUUUAUCCCGUCUGAUUUGGUUUAAGUAAUGUUUUUUUCUUUCUACCAUUCCUAUUAGUUUCUUUUGUAUCUUUUUAUAAGUGAAUGUUUGUGAUAUAAUGUUGAUUCUCUUCCAUAAAGGGUUACUUUAUCUACGCUACGAUAUAGGUAUUGUAAUCAAAAAAGUAAAUAUAUUUCGUUAUUUAUAACUUUUAUUAACUGUUUCAUGUAGUACCUUUAAUUUAUAUCUAUUUACCUAGUUAUGUUUUUUACACAUCAAGCUGUAAUACAAAUUAUUUAUUAAUUACUCGUGUGUUAUAAAGCAUCUUUGAUUUAUUUUAAAUGACUAUAUGGAGUAAUUUUAUUUUACGGUUAAAAUAAUGUGAUUUUCUGUUUACUUCAGUUUUCACUAGACUUCAUUUUUAGAUGUGUUAAUUGUACUUAAUUUUUUUUCAGUUUGUGGCAUAAAACUAGUAUUAUUUUUUACACAUUUAUUCGCAUUUACAUCCAUUCCAUUAUAUUAGAAUAUCCUCAAAAUUAUAAAUGAUAUCUAACUAAACAUAAUAUUACCUAAA